UUCAGAGCGAGAGCGUGAACACAGUGAGUCGUGCGCCCUUUAAACCAGCGGGCGUUGCGUGCGCACAUGCGUAAAGUGUAGCAGGUGGUGUGCGCAUGGCCACUCCGCGUCUCCGCUCGUGCGCUCUCCCCUCUCCCUCUCUCUCUCUCUCUCUCUCUCUCUCUCUCUCUGCUCGCGCUCCUGUCCUCUGCCGCUGGGUCGCUCGGUGAUGCGCUCGUGUAACGUCCCCCCGGCGUGCGGCUCCUACACCCCGGCAGAGUCCCGGAGGCUGAAGGCACGGACAUAAAAACGAGAGAGAGAGAGAGAGAGAGAGAGAGAGAGAGAGCGCGCGGGGGGUGGUGUGUUCCGGGAUACAGAAGAUGGAUCGUCCAGCGCGCGCACAGCUGUAACGUCGGCGGGACAACACACACACACACACACACGCACACACACACACACGCGCCGCGCGGAUUCAAUCAAAGGGUCGACGUUCGGGGCUUCUCUUUGUUUGACGUUCAGCCGGCGACAGGAUGAUCGAGGAAGGCAGCAAGCGGGGCAAGGCCAUGGUGGAGAAGAGACAGCUCUUCAUGGAGAUGAGAGCUCAAAACUUCGACGUCAUCCGACUGUCGACCUACAGAACCGCCUGCAAACUGCGCUUUGUGCAGAAGAGAUGCAACCUUCACCUGGUGGACGUCUGGAACAUGAUCGAAGCCUUCCGGGACAACGGGCUCAACGCGUUGGACCACGGCGCCGAGAUCAACGUGUCCCGGCUGGAGACCAUCCUGUCGUCCAUCUACUACCAGCUCAACAAGCGGCUGCCCACCACCCACCAGAUCAACGUGGAGCAGUCCAUCGGGCUGCUGCUCAACUUCAUGGUGGCCACCUACGACAGUGAAAGCCACGGGAAGCUGACGGUUUUCUCAAUGAAAGCCAUGCUGUCGACGAUGUGUGGCGGGAAGAUUGUGGACAAACUACGCUACAUCUUCUCCCAGAUCUCGGACGCGAGCGGAGCCAUGAUGUUCCCAAAGUUCGACCAGUUCCUCCGGGAGGUGCUGAAGCUCCCCACGGCCGUGUUCGAGGGCCCCUCCUUCGGCUACACGGAGCACUCGGUGCGCACGUGCUUCCCUCAGCAGAAGAAGAUUAUGCUGAACACGUUUUUGGACGUGUUGAUGGCGGACCCGCCCCCUCAAUGCCUCGUGUGGCUGCCGCUCAUGCACCGACUUGCCAAUGUUGAAAAUGUCUUCCAUCCGGUGGAAUGUUCGUAUUGCCGGAGCGAGAGCAUGAUGGGUUUCCGGUACCGGUGCCAGCAGUGCCACGGGUACCAGCUGUGCCAGAGCUGCUUCUGGCGCGGCCACGCCAACGGUCCCCAUAGCAACCAGCACCAGAUGAAGGAGCACUCCUCUUGGAAGUCUCCAGCCAAAAAGCUGAGCCACGCCAUCAGCAAAUCUCUGGGCUGCGUCCCCAUCGGAGAGCCGCCGCACCCCGUGUUCCCCGAGCAGGCCGAGCGACCGCAGGAGCUCCCCCACGCCGUUCCGCCGAGAGCAGCGGCCGACAGCAUGAACGACACAAUGCUCAUGUCCUCCGGGACGCCCACCCCUACCAAAAGCGUCUUGGAGAGUCCCAGUCGGCUAGAUGAAGAGCACCGCCUCAUCGCUCGCUACGCCGCCCGCCUGGCAGCCGAGGCGGGCAACUCCACGCAACAAUGUCCUCCCACAGAUCUGGGUUUCAACUUUGAUGCCAAUAAGCAACAGAGACAGCUGAUUGCAGAGCUGGAGAACAAAAACAGGGAGAUCCUCCAGGAGAUCCAGCGGCUGCGUUUGGAGCACGAGCAGGCCUCCCAGCCCACCCCGGAGAAAGCUCAGCAGAACCCCACGCUGCUCACCGAGCUGCGGCUCCUCAGACACAGGAAGGACGAGCUGGAGCGGCGCAUGUCGGCCCUGCAGGAGAGCAGACGGGAGCUGAUGGUGCAGCUGGAGGGACUCAUGAGGCUGCUGAAGUCCCAGUCUGGAGGCUCCCCUCACUCCUCCCCCAGUCACGGGGCGGGCUGCUCCAUGCCCAUGCCCAUACGCUCCACCUCGGCCGGCUCCACCCCGACUCACACGCCGCAGGACUGCCUGGCCGGGGUGGGCGGCGACGUGCUGGAGGCCUUCGCUCAGGGUGUACCUCGAAACCUUCGUAAUGAUCUCCUCGUUGCUGCGGACUCGAUCACAAACACCAUGUCAUCGCUGGUGAAAGAGCUCCACUCAGUUGAUGACGUGGAAGAGGAGACCAACAUGAGGAACGGUGGGGACAGAGGCACAUUGAGAGUACAGAAGCACUGAGGACAAGCUAACACCAUCCCACCCUGCAAGGACAUCUAGUCGUCAACUGGAAAGAAUCAGUAACAACAACAACAACAACAACAACAACAACCCCUGGCAUUAGCACGUAGAGUAAUGCAUGCUGUAAUCUAAAAGGAUUUCACUAUGUGAAAAGAAAAAAAAGAAGAAAAAAACUCUCUUCACACCUUGCAGGUAACGAGAUGUGUCUAAUUAGCGAGUGUGUGUGUGUGUGUGUGUGUGUUGUCCUGUAAACAAAAACUGCUGUAAUUAAUUAAUGAAUUAAUGAUUUCCCUCGCGACUGCUAAGGAAUGGCUUCCACUGCAGCAGAUCACCGUGUACGUAAGAUCCUGAAAUGACGUGUUCCCCCGUCCGUGACUUGGUAUGACUGCCGCUGGUCAUUUUUUCUUUUUCUUUCUUUAUUUUUAAUCUUUUUUUUUUUUUCCGCAUGAAGUUGCACUCGUGGAUUUUGGGGAUUUUAUGGCACAAACGCAAUUGCCAGCUCUCUGUGGGCUCACGAUGACAGCUGCGGUGUUUACUGUCAACACUUUUGCAUUCUGAAGUUUGUUCAAAAGACUCUUUGAAGUUUGCCAAAAGGAGAAUUAUGGAUUUGCAGUUUCAGCGAAUGAUAUUUUGACAUUCUUUUGGGGGAAAAAACACAUGUUCGCCUACUUGAGGCGAGGUCGAUACUGUUCUCUUAUUUAUGUCACGCCGGACCCUGAAAACGGUUAGCUUAGCUUAGCUUAGCAUAAAGACUGGAGACAGGAAACACGGCUAGUCGGGCUCAGCUGUGACGUGAAAGGGACUUAUUUGAGGCCUGGCCGUCACCGUUGCCAAGGUAACCGGCUGAAGUCGACAGGAAGUCUCUCACAGAGACUUAAAUGAGGAUUGUCUGCUAAAUAUAAAGUGUCCACCAGCAACCAUAUAGCUUAGCUUAGCAUAAAGACUGGAAACAGGGGAAACUGCAAACAAAAAAGCUCACUAAUGAACAUUUUAUAUCUUAGUUUGUUUAAUCCCUAAAAACAACACAAUUAUGUUUUACAGGAUUUUAGACUUCCUGGCGUCUUGAAGUGAGUUUUAUUUGUAUUUACGCUUUGUUUUAAUUUUUUACAGAUUAAACAAAGGAGAUAUAGCCAGGCUAGCC